CAGCGUGUCUGUGCCUGUGCUGUAGUCGGAUUCCUUGUUGCAGCUUUUCCUUUUUCUUCUGAAUAGCCACGUGAAGGCACCUCCGUAAAUCAGUGCUUCUGUAUGACUGCAGAAGGGGGUAGAAGCAAUUGCCCCAUCGAAGAAGCCAAGAAGACCCGAGGAGCUGUCAGGAUAGUCUAAUACUAAUUGCGGAAUUUAUUGAAAUUUACCUCGUCGCGCUCACGAAGACGAAAGCACAAGCGAAAAGAGGAUUGAACAAGUAGCCCUCUGAAGAAACAUAAAACCUCCGUAGUGAAAUAAAAGUAAUAAAACGUCAAGAUGGCUGGUGAUCAGGAGGUACAGGACCCCGGUGUUGCUCCGCAAACGGCCGCCCCCGCCACGGCCGCAACCGCUGCUGCGACCAACGAGAGGCAAACGGGGACAGUGAAGUUUUUCUCCACAAAGGGCUACGGAUUUAUCGUGCAGCCAGACAACAAAGAAAUUUUCGUCCACAGCAAGGAGAUCAAAGGUAUGAUUUUUGUUGGAAGUAGCACUGCAAGAACUUGCAGCUCACUCUUUGAGAGGACAUCAAAGGCCUAGCUUCUUCUGCUCGCAAAAUCAACAAAGGCCUAGGCGCUGCAAAAUCUGCAAGAGCAAAUACAAGAAGCAGAUCGCCGAAGCAGGGCAGCCGAUUUGCUACGACUCCCACUCCCUCGCGAAGAAAAUCGGCAUGAUGGAAAAACAUGAGGAGCGUUGUGCUAAGAAGAAAAUGAAAAAAGAGACAGAAGUGCUCAUUGAUCAAGUGCAAUCAGACAGCGAUAGCGCACCACAGGAACACUGAUUUUUUUAAAUUACAGUGUAGACCCCACAGUUGGGUACAUCAUCAUCAUGCUGCGAAAUACUAUAUGAAUGUAUGAUAAUGAUUCUUUUGCGCGAGGAGGAGGACGAUGUUUUGUUUGUCAUACAAAAGGGCAAAGCCAAAGCGGUAGCUUGUUGCUUCGCAUUGAUUUAUACACUGUUUGCAGGUAAUUCACUUCAGUCGGGCGAUGAGGUCACCUACUUGGUUGGUAUGGACGGUCAGAAAAACAAACCGGUUGCAAUGGAGGUAACCGGCGGCUCGGGAAUGCCAAUGAGCGAAUUCAUUGCGAAGGGCAAGGCGCAGAACCAGCACAAAGGCGGCUUUGGAAAGGGCGGUGGAUAUCACGGGAUGGGACCACCCCCGUUCUUUGGCGACGCAGCGCACUUUGGCGGCAUGGGAGCUGGGUUUCCGCCACACUUUGGCGGCGGGUUCGGUAUAGAUUAUUAUACGAUGACAGAGACACGACAGUAUUACUACUAAUUCUUGUGUGAUUUUUGCACUUGCAUAUGCAUUCCCUUUCCCAGCAUCGCGCCUUUAUGUUCGCCCUGGCGGGUAGAAGUUUCUUUCGACUGAAGAUGCAGAGUCAUGAUUUUCUUCAUGACAACUGACUACUAGCUACCUCAAUUAUGUCAGGCUUCAAGGGCUUCGACGACGGGUCUGGCUGGGGUAAGCCAAAAGGCUUCGGAAAAGGGUUUGGUAAGGGAUUCGGGAAGCCGAAGGGCUUUGGUAAGAAAGGCGGCUUCGAUCACAUGGGAGGAAUUGACAUGACCAUGAUGGGCGGGAUGAUGUAGGCUACUAGGUGCACCAUCUACGCUACAGCAAUGAAUUUAGAUAGACCGCCUGAAGGUAAACAUAUGUUAAAAUGUACUUUGUACGCAACAUCUGUCCACCGCAGUGCUGAGUGAGGAUGCGGGCACAGUUACGAUUACUACUCUGGAUCAUCUUCCAGAUCUACAGUAUGAACUAGUGAAGCUUCUGUUUUGGGUGAGGAAAAAAAUUGAAGACCUAUGGAUCAUUUUGGAAGAGGAAGCACAAGCACUUGCCGACGUUGAAGAGCCCGACGCUUUUUGAUGGGACGAACAGAGCUAGAGGUUGUAGCACUACUACAGCAACUACAAGCUACAUGUAAGUUGUUUCGUCGCGGUCGUAACAACAAAAGUGCAACUGUCUAGUGCUGCAAUUUGCUUUAUUUUGAUGACAGAUUAGUAUCACACCAGCCGGCGCCCUUUUUAUGCCAUACUGUAAUUUUCGCGAGCGUUUGGAAGUUUCAGAGCCCUAUCUGUAGGCAUCUAUCAGGAGAACAACGAACUCUUUUGAUCGGCGGACUUUUCACAUAAAUCGACAAGAAUAAAAAAGAUACAUGAUGAGACCACCGCCGACAUCCUACAUUUUUUCGAUGCGAAUUGUCAGGUAGUUUUGAUACUGGAGAUGACGUGAGUGGAGAACUUUUUGGCAUCUUUUGCUGUUUGAAUUCUGAUCGCGCUCGAAAAGGACCUCCACCUUUCUGCUAAAAUACGAAACCCAAACUAGUACGAU